AUGGAAGGUAUAAAGCUCUUUGCAGAGGUUCCUAAUGUUUCUUUCAGGCUAAUAAGGGGAAUAUCAGACUGUAAGGAAUUUGUGGUGUAUGAUGGAAAUGUAUUUUGCCUGACGAACAGAAGCACAUUGAUUGCUUUAUCCUCGGGCGAGGAGUAUACAUUCUAUGGAGACAUAUUGAAGAUGGGGAUCUACGAGCAUUACAUAUAUCUUGUGUUCAAAACAUCGAAGAUUAUUGUUUUUGAUGCAAUUUCUAGGGAGGUUGUGGUCAAUUUACCUGAGAUGAGGAGAGGCGUCAAAAAGGUAAUAAUGGGCAGAACACGAAUGCAUUUUCUUGGAGGGGAUGGGGUUCUGUAUGGGUCGGCAUUUGAGGACAUCAAGUACUUCAAGAAUCAAAGUAUAUGCAGAGAAAAAGAUGGAUACUCAAUUAUUCAGGACUUCUGGGUCAGUGGAGAUUCUAUAUUUCAUGCCACACCCCUUGGGCAUGUCUACAAAGAUUCCUCUCUGGUGCUGAAGGUCUUUGACACUGUAAAGCUGUUAGUACCUCGCGAGGGAUAUUUGUACAUUGUAACCAGUGGAGAUCUACUUUUGAAGUACGAUACUUGUAGAGCAAAGAUCCUCUUCAAGAAAGACAUUGGAAGCUCUAGGGUUGUCGGGGACAAUCUUAUAGCAUUUGGUGGAAUGGUGACAGAUCUUUUUGGAGAAGUCUCUGUGGAAGUCCCAAGAGACGCAAGCUGGGUUGUCCGUGGGGAAAAGUCUUUGUAUGUUCUAACGCCAUCGGGGGUUUUCUUUGGAGACCUCAGCGAUUAA